AUGAUUGUACCAACUUUUGACAUUGAUUUGAUAUGGCAUACAUAUAUGAGAUAUCCAUCACAAUAUCAAACUAUUUCAACAGCUUUGUGUGGUUUUAUUCUUGAUCAUGAUGAUACAAUUGAGUCAAAUAUUUUAAUAAAUGCUUAUAAGAAAACUGCUGAACGAUGGCAAAAAUUUUAUAAAUCAGAAUACGGCCAAAAUAUUGAUCGAACACAUUUACAAACAUCACAAUACAUGAGUGCAUGUGCAAUGGUUUUCGUGCCGGUUCACAUUUUGAGUGAUGGUGGAGCAUCGUCACAUGAAGCAAUUGGAGGCGGUUGUGGUGGUGGCGGAGGCUGUGGAGGUGGUGGUGACUGA